GACUAGAGUGGAACUAGGCCGGGAAAUACGUCUUAAAUAAGUGAGUUUGUUUGGCCUUGACAGAUGUCCCAAGAAAUUUUAUUCGAAGAAAAAGGAUUUUUUAAACCUAAUUUUUGCAGGCUGAACCUUCCACCUUUCCCGAGGACUGGGUGGCACACCUGGUAACAACAUGAGCAAACCAUGCGGCGGUAGCAGUAGUGGCAGUGGGGGUUGCCAAGGUGGGGGGGUACGCACUAGAACAUAUCCCUCAGUGAGCUCAAUGGAGCGUGGUGGAGGAGGCAGUGGUAGCAGUUCCGCUUCUGGAUUCCCUCGGAUGUCCCUCAGAUCUCUCUUGCUCAACAGUCCUUUCUCCAUCCGCACAAGGUCCAAAAGGGUCCGCACUCCAACCUCUUCUCAUAAAUUGACCAUAGAACCAGAACGAGAUGCAGAUUCUUUGGGAGUCUUCACAGAGGGAACUGGGGAAACCACAAGCUGGAGUUCUAUCAAGCGGCAUACAAACACUAGUAACAGGAGUCGCAUUGGAAGUCGAAGAGGUUCCGUGGGAUCCCGGGGAACAGCAAGGGCAGAAUCAUGCUCAUCAGAACCAGGAGCUACAGCAAGCAGCAGUGGCAAUGUCUCAGGGGGUGCAGGAUCUGGUGUAGGUGCAGGGAGUACCUCUGUAGAAGGUUCAUCAGAGGGGGUGCGACGUGAAUGCUCCUUGUGUCUUCAAGAGGUGUCGGCUGAUCUCUUCCCAACCCUUUUUUCAUGCCCACACUCUGCUUGUCUUCCCUGUUUAAAACAGUAUUUGAAAGUAGAGAUUACGGAAUCAAGAGUUAACAUUAGCUGUCCGCAGUGCAACGAACUCAUGCAUCCCACAGAUAUUCAUCAGAUUGUUGCAAAUGAUAUGCUAUCAGACAAGUUUGAAGACUUCAUGUUACGCAGGGUGCUAUCCAUGGACCCAGACACACGGUGGUGUCCUGCCCCAGAUUGUGGGUUUGCAGUAAUUGCAACAGGAUGUGCUGGAUGUCCAAAACUGAAAUGCGAGCGUCCUGGCUGUGGAAGCUAUUUUUGCUAUCACUGUAAGGCUGAAUGGCACCCUAACCAGACCUGUGAUAUGGCUCGAGCUCAACGUUCACCCAAUGUUCUCCUCUCAUCAUUCAAUUACCUUCAUGACAUUCAGACAAAUGAUGAUGUCAAAUCAUGCCCGAGAUGCCAAGUGUUAAUUAUGAAGAUGGAUGAUGGUUCCUGUAACCACAUAACAUGCAGUGUGUGCGGUGCAGAAUUCUGCUGGCUGUGCAUGAAAGAAAUUUCUGACUUGCAUUAUCUAAGCCCAUCAGGGUGUACCUUCUGGGGCAAGAAACCAUGGACAAGGAAGAAAAAGAUCUUGUGGCAGCUUGGAACUCUAAUCGGGGCUCCACUUGGCAUAGGGCUUGUUGCAGGCCUAGCUGUCCCUGCUAUGAUUAUUGGGAUUCCCAUAUGGGUUGGACGCAAACUGCACGCGCGAUACUCUAAUGGUAGCAGGCAUCGUCGAAAUUUGGCUGUAGUUGGUGGUGUGACUGCUUCAGCUGUAAUAUCACCAGUGCUCGCAGGAUUAGCAGUAAGCAUAGGUGUGCCAAUUUUAUUGGCAUAUGUGUAUGGUGUUGUCCCAAUAUCUUUGUGCCGUUCAGGAGGUUGUGGAGUUACAACUUCGGCCUCUGGUGUGAGAAUUGCUUUUGAUGAUGAAAAUGACAUGGUAUUUGGACUACCUGGAAGACAAUCAGAAUCAAGCCAUGUGGGAGGUGGAACAGCCAGCAUUGGGGAGAUGUCUUGUGGAGCAUCACUCUCUGCGGAUUCUGCUGCACAUGUCUUGGCAGAAAGUGACCGUGAGUCUGCCAGCAACACAGCCAUUGCCCCAGCAUCCUUGACAGGCUCUAUAGCUUCCUCAUGCAUCUCUAGAACAAACAGAUUGGAAGUUCAUGUAGAUAUUGCACAUGGUGCUCGUUCAAUUGCCAGUGGGGAAACUGCUUCAUUAGCAAUAUCAGAGAGAUCAACCCACACAAUGGACACAGACAAUGCAUCAACUCGGGCUUUAACUGGUUCUCUUUUGCAGUACAAGGUAUCAGAGAGUGAGGCUGAGGAAGAAGCAGGUGCAGGAGGGGACAGUGCCAGUAGAGUAUUAGAGGAAGGGGUUGGUGUAAACCCACAUAUUACCAGCCUAUACAUCCACUCCAUUCCACCCUCGGCAAGUGAUAACAACUCAGCUGUCUUGACCCAUGAUGCCAGUAGUGACCAAGGUGCCACUGACUUACGUCUAGAUAGUGUAAGUGCAAUAAUCACUGCCAGACAGUUUGCUCGGCGCCACAGUUCCUCAAGCAAGGGAGUGACCUUUCUAGGAGACAGCUGCGAGGCCAGUGACCAUGUUGCUCUCACUUUGGAUGAUGAUGAUGAGCAUGAGAAUGGGUCAGACAGUCUCUUUGGUAAUGAGGAGAUUCCUGGAAAUUGUCCAAAUAUCACUCCAAUGGUGGAUCUGCAAAAUGAAAGUGAGAGGGCAGUUACACACAAAAACCCUGGUGCAAGGUUAUUGCAUAAAAAUGUUUUGUUCAGCAAUAGCACCUCUACCUUGCCAUUAGUCCAUGAGAGCCAGAGAAAAAAGAAGAGCAAAGGAGAGAGCAGCAAGCGUCGAGCAUCCAGUGCAGAAGGCAAAGUGCGGAAUUCCAGUAAACCAGUGCGAUGCGAGUCCUUCCCCAAGCUGGAGAGCCAGUGAGUCUGUGAUAAUCGCAUCUUCCUUUAUAUUCACUGAUGGGUAAGAUAAGGACAUUAAAAAUCUUCAGUGUGAUAUCCCAAUUGGGAAGCUUUACAUUUAGUAUGUUUAAGCACAAAGAAAAUAUAUUGAAACUAGUUUAUUGUAUUUGGAGACGCAACAGGUCUGCAUUAUUUUAAUUGACAUUUUGGGUACCAACACUUGGUUCAUAAAAUCUCUGCAGGAGGUGGAGUUAUAUAUUAGUAAAGCAUGGUCAUUUUUUCUAUGUUGUUAAUAUUUUGGUCAAAUUAGUCAUAUUGAAAGAAAUUGGCAUUUUCUUCCUAAUAUGUUCAUGGGAAAAUUAUGGAUCUUUUAAGAUAGGAAAUAAAAUUCUGGGAUGUUUCUCCCUUUCUUCUUCUCUCUCCUUCAUCCCCUUCUCCUGUUUCCUCUCUCCUUUCUUCCCUCUGCUUUGUCCCUUCUUCCUUGUCUCCAUCCCCCUCAUUUACUUUUGCUUCAUUUGCUUUGUCUUUGGUAAGUUUCCUUUUGUAAUUGUAAGGAUUAAAUUCAUUUUGUGUUCCAAGGAGCUUUCUGUGAUGGAAAAAGUAUUUACUUACAUAGAAAUCAUGUCCGUUUGAAUGAAGAUGAUUACGAUAUUAUAAAUGUGUUUAGUAUAUAUUGACUAUCCUUUAUUUUAUAUCCCCUUUUCUUCAUCAUGGGUUUUAAUUAAGGUGCGUAUUUUGAAUAAGAUGGUGAUAAGUACAGUUUCCUUGCAUUUCUCUUUUAACAACUCCGUGUCAGUAUAACUAAGUGUAGUGUGAGUAGCAUUCCAGAAUUUGGCCAUGCUUUACUCCAAUAAAACAUUCCAGCCUCAGUGUUAUUGUGGAUGUAGAUACUGUACAGUUUAUUAAUAGCGCUGGCAAAUAUUUGUACCUUUCUAGUCGUUGCAGAAUCAUGAAGCUGUGGACUUUGUGUUUAUACCGUAGUGUAAUGAUAGACAGUGGAUGUUGCAAGUGUACUUUGUUAGCACUUGAUUCAUGGAAUUUUCUUAGAUGUAUUUGAAUAUGAGGUUUUGUGAUUAAAGUGGAAAAUGCUUCAAAAUUAUUACUCCUUAUAGGCACAAGGAAACUGUCCAUAGCAUUACAGUGGAUCAUUUAACUUUUAUAAAUGUUUUUGUAAAGCAAAAUGCCUUGCUUUUUAAAGUUUGGAAGUAAGCAUAUGGGUAUACUGAUGUGAGUUGCAGCUGCUUUCCAUCUAAUUAGUUGCAACAAUAAUUACUCCUCUGAUGUGCAUUAUCUGCAUGGAAGUGCCACACGACUUACAACUGCAUUCACUCUUUACAGAAGAGAAAGGGUGUUUUAUGCAGGUUAAGAAACAAACACAGAGUUGGUGUCUGUUAUUUUUUUUCUUUUUAUCUAUAAUAUGAAUAAAUGUAUAAUAUAUGUAUAUUAACAUAAUGAACAACAUUCAUAGUAUAAAUUAAAGAUAUCAUUUUUAUUUACCCUUUCCUUUGUGAAAUGUUAGUGUAUGAUAAACUAUUAUGAAAGACAAACAUACUGAAUAACAGAUGUGUAUGCACAGAUGCAGAUGCUCCUAAACCGAAUCACUUAUAUUUACAAGCCCUCAUUCAGCUCAGGCCUCAUCUCCCAUCUUUCAGCUCAUUUGAAUGCAAUCAUUAUUUAUAUAAUAACAGACUUAUAGAUAAAUGUAUGUACAACAGCAUCAUGCUACAUUUUAACCAAGUUAUAGAACUAUCAACAAAUGUGUUAUUUCAUAAGGAUUUACUAUACAAGAAAUAAAGAUAACCCUAUUUAAAAUGCACCAGACUCCACCAUUUCAAAAUAACACAUUAAAAUGACAAGAAUUGCUCAUGGAACAUUGAGCUGUACUCAGCUCAUAAUACAGUUGAAGAAUAAACACAAGUUGUGCAUGUUAUCAGUGAGAACAUUUACAAUUUCUUCUGUUUGUAGUCCAUUUUUCCCAAACAGCUAUAUGAUAUAACUUAAUAUGGUGAUUAUCCCAUAAGGCUUAUGAUUAGGUGCUAUGCAGACAAAUACCCAGGAAUGACCAAGUUCACUUUUUUGUAAAAAUGGGUAUAUGCAAAGAAACAAACACAUCAAGAUAAUAAGUAAUGAUAUAGAUAAGUGGUUAAAAUAGGUAAAUGGAAAUAAAAGAAGGAAAUGCUUUUACAUCAAGUUAACACAAAUUAUGGCAUAUUUCUUCCAUGCAGGUAAUUGCAUAACAUGGUAAAUAUGUAUGUGAUUGUUAUCAUAUACCUAUAGUUAAUGAAAUUAACUGUAAACCUUUAAAAAAGUGGAAUGAAAAUAUUUUCAGUAACCAUUAAAAUCACUCGGCAUAUUUGGAAAUCCUUAUCAUUAUAAUGAUAAUAAUUGUUAUUAUUUUCUGUGGCUUUACUAAGAUAUUGGUGUUUAUGUUCUUACAAUGGCAAGAACCUGUGAAAUUGUCAGUAUUCUUCUAAAGAAAUGUCAGGCAUUAAUAAACUUUUUUCUUCA